AUGAGCCGUCCCUUGUUUCUCCGUAUUUUCGAUGCUAUACAAAGACAUGACAAUCACUUUGUCCAGCAAAGAGACGGUCUCGGUAAACUUGGGUUGUCUGGUUUGCAAAAAAUCACUGCUGCAUUUCGAAUGUUAGCAUACGGUUUACCGGCGGAUUCUACUGAUGAGUAUAUCAAAAUAGGGGAGUCUACGGCUAUAGAAAGUUUGAAGAAAUUUUGCCGUGCUAUUGUCGAGGUGUUUUCCAACCGCUAUCUUCGAUCACCUAACGCUAACGAUGUUGCACGGCUACUUCGCAUUGGUGAAAGCCGAGGAUUUCCAGGUAUGUUGGGUAGUUUAGAUUGUAUGCAUUGGAAAUGGAAAAACUGCCCAACUGCUUGGGGAGGACAAUAUGCUGGUCGGAGUGGAUCUCCUACAAUUAUUUUAGAAGCUGUAGCUGAUUAUGAUCUUUGGAUUUGGCAUGCAUACUUUGGUCUACCAGGAACUAACAAUGAUAUUAAUGUGCUAGAAGCGUCUCAUCUUUUUGCUAAUCUAGCUGAAGGAACGGCUCCACCUGCUAAUUAUGUUAUUAAUGGGAAAAACUAUAAUAUGGGAUAUUAUCUAACUGAUGGUAUAUAUCCAAAAUGGUCCACUCUUGUUCAAACAAUUCAUCAACCACGUGGUCCAAAAAAGAAAUUAUUUGCAAAGAAGCAAGAAGGAUGUAGAAAGGAUGUGGAACGUGCAUUUGGAGUAUUGCAGUCAAGAUUUGCAAUUGUUGCCGGGCCAUCACGCUUUUGGAAUAAGGAAGUGUUACAUGAUAUUAUGACAACUUGUAUUAUAAUGCAUAAUAUGAUCAUAGAAGAUGAACGUGUUGAUGAUGCACAUAUUGAAGAACGAGCUGAAGUUCCAAUUGCGGAUGUUGAGAGGACUGGUGAUGAUGAUGUUCAAUUUCAAGAAUUUUUAGCUCGACACAAAAAAAUCAAAGAUCGUGAAGCGCAUAUUGAACUUCGAAAUGCAUUAAUUGAACAUUUGUGGUCUGAAUAUACUAAUUCUGAAAAUUAG